AUCUAUGUAUUGACAGUAUGUAUGUGACAGCAGAAGAUUCGGGACAGUACACCUGCACAGCAACACAUCCAGACACAACUGUAACAUCAUCUGUCAGUGUGAUUGUGUCUUGGUUUUCAAAGAUCCAGGAUGUCUCUGAAUGUGUGCUUCAAGCAGAGGUUUUGACCUGUGUGUGUAUCAGUGAAGGGUUUCCUUUACCUACCAUCAAAUGGCCGCUCCUAGGAAACCACAAAGAGUACGCUAUCAAAACGACUGUGUCAAACCACACAGUCAACAGCACUGUCAGUCUAAAGGUAAAAAACCAUGGCAACAGCACUGUUGAAUGUGUGAGCAACAAUGAAAAGGGAGAAGCAAAAAAAAAUCUAAUGAUCCGAAGUGUCUCCGAUACAGCGGCUGACUCAUCGGUUUUGAACGUGGGAUAUUUAGAAAUCAUCAUUGCCUUUUUGAUUGGAGUAGUUCUUUCUGCAGUUGUUUGCUGUUUGAUUAAAAAAUGUUCAAGAAAAAAAACAAAGAAUUCUGGAAAUUUGGAUGAGACUUUGGAGAUGGUAACAAGUCAAGACGAUCCACAGCACAUAUAUGAUGGUCAAGAAACACAAGACAAUCAGUCCAACCCACAAGAAGAAGUUGAAGAUGAAAGUGUGGCAGCAGAGAAAGACGUGCCUGAAAUCAGCGGUGCUCCGCAAGAAGUGGAGUAUGCAGACAUUGAUUUUUCCCUAUUGAAAAGAAACACCAAGUCAGAGAGAAAGCAAGAAAGCACAAAGACUGAGUAUGCUGAAAUUAAGAAAGCAAUAAAAGACAAACAGGAAGAUGAAAUGGUGAAGGGCGAGGAGGAGGAGAUGAUGACAGAGAUGGACCUGAAACAGUCUGAACUAGAAAAGGAGAAAGAGGAAGACGAGCCAGUGUACUCCACUGUGAAUGAUGUAAUCGACAAAAUUUGAGUUUCAUUGUGGGUUUCCCUCAGAUGAAUGUUCUUUGAUCUGGUGGUUUUGUGUAUGAAUAAUUCCACUUUGAACCAUUUUUCUCACACUGUCAUCUCCACACCUCUGCGUCUUAAAGUUGCGUCUCUGCAAAAUAAGAACUGGAACUUGGACAUAAUUUCCUAAUCCCUCUGUUAUUUUGCUGUCAUGUUUUUGGUUUAAUAAUCUUUUCAGGUAACAUUUUAAAUGUUUUAUUAUGCAAGGGUAAGUGUGCUUCUUUGGACUGAACACAUUUGCCUAACAUGUAAAAGGUCCCCAGUCAGGACCAAGAGAAGACAGCAGGCACAAAUCAAGCCUCAGGGCAUCACAGCUAGUGUACUCCUAGUUUACAUCCCAGUCCCCAUUAAAUAGGAGUGUUAUGCCUCAAAGAUCAUCAGGCAUAAAAUCUGAGCCAAAUCCUAUCAGGUGUGGCAAUACUAACUUACCUAGAUUGUUUAAGGAUAAAUACUUGCUUGAAACGUCCAACAGGUGAGCACUUUUUAAUGGCCAAUAUUGUUCUCAUUCUGGGAAAAUGUUACUCAACAAAUUCUUCCCGGGAUGCUUUUCUCUCUGGACAUUCUGUCAUAGCUUAAUGAGAUUAAUAAUUUUGAGUAUAAAACAUGUCUACUGUAGGUUAAAUGCCCUCUGCACAUUUGUUACACUCACCAGCAGAGGGCAGAGUAAACCCUUAAGUCAGACUGUAUCUUGUGGUCUGUCAUGAGACUGUGAACCUGGUGCUUCUGCACUGACAGCUUGUAUAUUUUGCCUGGUCCUGCUUGGUGAGGUAAAAAAAAAAAAAACGUUAGAUUUUCUACACGUCUGUUUCUCUAUUUAAUUUGUGUAAAACAAGCACAUUGUAAACUGUUAAAACUGGUCCAUAUUUUACUCACCUGUUUCAUAUCCUUUGUAUUUUUUCUGUGUGUCGUUGUGUGGUGUAAAUGUCUUCAACUUUUUUAAUUUAAAUAAUUAAUAUCUAAUUGAAUUAGUAAAUAAUUAGUAAGCAUGCACAAAUCACACUUUGUAUUUGUUUGAUUCCUUAUGUUAAAUUAUGCUGGACUAAUUCCUGAUAGUGUCUGCACAACACUCCACCAAGGACCAACUGUCCAACUGUCACUGUGAUCCACUGGUCUAAGCAAAAGUAGUAAAGACACAAAUACCAUUGCAAAUUCUAAUACUACAAAGUAUUGCAAUCAUAUUGCCUGCUGACUGUGGGUUAGUGGUAGUGAUGGGCAAAGCGAGGCUUUGCGGAACUUUGACGCAUUUAUGCAGGACUUGUAUCGUGGAUUAAAAAUAAUCUGACACCCA